ACGAAAACGUCAAAAACCCAAUCGCAUUGGCCAUUUUAAAACAUUUUUCUCCUCAGUUUCAAAAUCGUAGUGUAGUUUCUACUCGUAUCGUAAAAACCAAAUAAUGUCCGCAACUAACGUUAAAGAAUUCUACGCUCACGAUCUUGUAUACAAAUUCGACGAACGUAAACGAAUUGUGUUUGGGGUAGUGAGUGAGAGCUACGAGAGUUCUGAUAGUGACGAGAACUGUGCCCUUCAGAAGGGCCAGAUCCUCGUUACUUGGAGCAACCCCACCCGAAAACGGAUAUGCAAACAGAGCAAGGUUCAUCUGUUGUGUCGGAGCAUCGCCCCGGGGGAUAUUGUGAGGAGGCUGGAAGACGGGAAGGAGACUCAAAGGGGCUACUGCAAGAAAACGAAACAGUUCGCCACCGUGCAAAUCGUGGAAAGCGAUAAAGUUAUCGAGCACAUUCCUGAUAGUAGAUUAUGUUUUGUUAAGCCUUUUCAGGUUGGGGAUGCUAUUUGUCUGGGGGAUAAGUUUGGGAGGAUUCAGAGCAUAGACGAGAUGAUUAGGAUGCAAUCAAAGUGUGGUUCAGUUGUUGAAGUUAGAAGAAGUAUUAAUUAUAAUAUUAGGGAUUAUUGGUUUCAUUCCAUAAAUGGGACCUAUCAUGAAGCCGAGUAUCCUGGACAGACUGUUUUUUGUACACCAAUGCAUUUGCGAGAUCCAAAGUGGAUAAAGAAGUCAAAAUCGAUGAUACGUAAAAUGGAAAUCGGCCAAAAGUUUACCAUCCAGAGCAUUGAGAUUUGUCUCAUCGAAGUUUGGUGGUACUCACCAAGUGGCCACACGGAAUACGCCGAACUCAAGGAAGACGAAAUUAAAAGAUUGAAGGUCCUGCCUUAUUCGGAAAAUUUAGUGAUGGGCGAUCGCUACUUUUUAAAACUAAAACCCACCGACAUUUUGCUUAAAAAACGCGACUGGAUUAAGAAAAAGUCGCUGCAAUCUCUCCCUCACAAAGUGCCUAAAUCGGACAAUUCGACCUUGACGAAUACCUGCGCUGAACCGUUCGACGCCGACGACGACUGGUGUACAGAAGAAGACGAGGAAUCGGACAAUAAGGGCGAAAUUUCCAUAUAUGGGUUACAUAAGGUUAAACAGAGGAAAAAACAUUAUUCGACAAUGAACAAAUUCUCUUCGGGGUCGAUCGUGCCGGUCCAAGUUUUUUGCGCGGAUGCGAAAGCGACAGUUGUGUGGCAGGACGGCACUGAGGAGAAGGAUAUACCCACAACCGAACUCUAUUAUUCCGUUUCGCAGGACGAUCACGAAUUUUUUCCAGGGGAGUGGGUAGUGUCGAAUUCGAACGAAAACUGGGACAAGUACGGGGUGGUCCAGAAGGUUAAUUUCCAAGAACGGACUGCUGAAAUUAAAUGGUUCACAAGCGUGGAUGCGAACCAGGAACCGCAGGAAUUAACGACGAACGAGUCAAGCGUCUACGAUUUGAAAAAACACGUCAAAUUCUUAUUCCGUCCAGGUAGUGUAGUUAAAGCCAAACCAACCGUCGAGGACAAGAUGGGGAAGGUCAUCGAUAGUUGCCCCCAAGGUUAUGUAAUCGUGGAAUGGCUUGGUGGUAAAAAAGAAAACUGUUGGCCUCAAAACAUCGAGUUGAUACUCGAUAGUGAAGAUUUUGAAUUUCCGGAUGCUUUUGACAGUGACGACGAUCUUAGUGAAGAUGCGUAUUCAUGGGAAACAGAAAGUGUAGAAUCUUUCGAUGGCGACGUUACUGAUGAGAUUAAUUUACAAAAUAUGGCCGCCAGAGUUGAUUUUAUUAGGAACAGGAUUAGUUAUCUGAGGGAAGCUUUUAAACAUUACAACAUUACGCAGAAUUUUCAUUUUCUUAAAGAUUUAUUGUGCAUAUAUGACAAUUCUGGUUAUUUAGACAAGUAUCUCGGCACGUCGUUUUUUAGCACGGAAAGUAAACAUUUUCAGGCUUUACUGCUUGAAACUAAGAAAAAAGCCAAAUCACUAGGAAUAGAAUUGAGGGGUAGGAUGUUUUCUCGGGAGAAUCUAACUUGUCCUGCUAAAAUGAAAAAUGCCGAAAAGGAUAACAUUCAGAAAAUGAUCAAAUUGGAGAGUAAGGUCAAUGUGCAAAUCGAGAUGUGUAAGGAGUGUAGCGGUGAAUCGUGUCCGACAACCCCUGAUAGCUCCGAGCCGGCCGAAAAACCCCAAGAGAAUCUGUGUGUGGAACUCCUCGUGAUGCUCAAAAUGCGUAUGGACUUAAUUUACGCGGAAAUAAUCAGUCGCAUAGGCGGCCGUCAAGCUUUAACCGUCCUAACAAACUCAUCCGAAAACCCGUUAAAACCGUCGCCAAGUAGUACCACAGCCUUACAAAGCGCACUUUUAACCCCAGAAACGCCACCGAAAGUCGCUAAACCGAUCGAACUCAUACCCAAAAACGAAACUUUUUCCAUACUGGAGGAAGCCCCCGAUACUCAUCGAUAUUUCUCGAGUAAAUUUGUACCUAAAGACUUGCAAAAAUUUUUAGUCGCGCUUCAAAAAGAGUACAAAUUGCUUAAAGACUCUCUACCGGCUGGGGUAUGGGUUCGGACUUACGACAAUCGGACAGAUCUCUUAUCAGUGAUGAUACGGGGGCCUGCGAAGACUCCGUACGAGGAUGGGUUGUUCCUGUUUGAUAUUCAAUUGAGUCCGGAUUACCCCAAGAGCCCCCCGGCUGUGCAUUAUAUAAGUUACAUAACCGAGCCCUUGAACCCGAACCUUUACGUCGAGGGUAAAGUCUGUGUGUCUUUGCUAGGAACGUGGAUGGGGCGAGGCAGUGAAGUCUGGGGGACUAACAGCACUCUCCUACAACUCAUCGUGUCAAUUCAGGGACUUAUUCUAGUCGCGCAACCGUAUUUUAACGAAGCUGGCUACGAAAGACAGACGCACACGCAGCAAGGGUGCGAAAAUUCGCGCACUUAUAACGAAUAUGUUAUUUUGAAACUGGUACAAUCCAUGACAGAGUUGCUCAACGCCGCACCUAAAGUAUUUCAAAACGAAGUCCUAGCGCAUUUUCAAACCAAAGGGGAAAAGAUGUGCGAGAGAUUGAUGAAGUAUUGCGACGACGAACCACUAGUACCUGAAUUCCCGCUUCUGCCUGUGAGUAAAGGGUUCAAACUGUCCCUAGGAUCGGCUUUAAAUGGGUUCCGACACGCAUUGAAAAAGGCGUUGGAGGGGAGGAAUAAAGAGGCGCUUUUGUAACGUUGUUACCUUGUUAUACUGUUUCUAAAACCUUGUUGAAUAAUAAAAAGAUUUUGUUAUUA